UCUUCUUCAAAACCCUAAAAACCUAAACUGGACGACAGACUGGCUUUCGUUCCAGAAGUCUUUUCACAAUUCAACGGCCUUCUUGGGAUUUUCAAAGGCUUUCUGACCUUUAAUUGUCGAGGAAAAACUUUCUCCUAGAAAACCCAAUUUUACUGUUUGCUGGGUUUCAUCUUCUUCACCAUUUUGCAAGUCUGGUAUGGAAUAUCAUAUUUGACGGGGCUGUUAAUAAUAUUUUUGAUAUGUUAUGGAGAGUUUAAGGGUUAUGGAUGCUGGCAUUGCUCCAUGCAGUGAUGGAUCGAUGCAGCUUGUUGAUAAUCUUCUAGAAAAUGAAAAUAUGGGUGAUGAGCUCCUUGAGGAUUUAGACUCUUAUUUAGAAGAUAUUAAUGAUCGGUUGACCAUUUCGAGGAUGGUGAGUGACUCUGUCAUAAGGGGCAUGGUUAAUGCAGUUAAAGAAGAUGCGGAUGAGAAAAUUGCUCAGAAAGAAUUGGAGGUGGCUGGAUUGAAGGAUAUGCUACAUCUUUACCAUAUGGAUGCGGAUAAAAAUGAAUUCUUAGGAUCUUCUUCAUCAUGCCAUGAGUCAAAAAUCACAAGUCACUGCAGGAUGUAUUGUAACUUUUCAGAUGUGUUUGUAGAGAAUGAUAACAUGAGAAAAUCUUUGGGCAGCCUCAGAAAUGCUGCUAAAGAUCAGUUCAAGAUGCUCAAGAAAGAAAUUGACCGCUUAAGAGGGGUUAGUUCGAUCAGGAAGAUUAGUUCAGGUUCUGAGCUGCUGGGAUUGGGUGGUAUUCUUCAAGAUAAGGUGUCUGAAAGAUGGACUGAUGUGGAUAUAAUGCUUGAAAAUCUAAAAGCUACAACAGACACUGUCUAUAAAUGGAUGGAAGAUACGCUCCAGUUAUCAAAGGCGUCACACUGUCGAUGGCAGCUAGAGCAAGAGUUUCAGGCUGAUAUUGAAGGUAUGGUAAUUAAGAAUUGCAUCCGGAGUCUCAAAGAAGAGUUUGAAGAAAGACUUUGGGAUCAAAAUGCUCGAUUUUGUGGUAAUGAAAGUGUGAAUUGGCAUGAAAAGAUUGAAGAGAUUUCAAGUUUGCGGCAGGAAUUGGAUGCCAUUUCUAAGUCACUGUCUGUUUAUGAAUUUGGGCAGCUAACUUCUCUUGGGUCCUUAGAGAUUGGUGAUGAUUGGAGUAAUGAUAAAAGGGCUGAUCAUUUCCACCGCAAAGUUUUGAGCAAGCAGGUUUCAUCAUCUUUGGUUUGGGAAGAAAAUGGCAAACAUGAAGAUGCAAAUGGUAAUAUCUCAGAAAAUUCAGAUCCUGCCUAUCUAAUGCACAUGGAGAGAGAUCAAUUGAUUACUCAGAUGACCACAAUGAGGAGAAAUCAUGAGCAGAAAGUGCAAGAGAUGACUGAACUAAACUUUAGCCUCAAGCGAGAAUUAUUGAAGCUGCGGGAAAAGGGAUCUUCUUUGCCAUUGAAGAAGGAUAAGGAGUUUGACAUGUUAAAGAAAAAAAUUCCCCAUUUCAUUUCAAAGUUGGACGACUUUCUUGUGGAAAAUCAGAAACUACCUGCAUUCAACGAAAAUGCUGAAAAUCUUGGCAGUUUGAAGGAAAGAAUGGAGUCCCUUCUUUCAGAAAAUCGCCAGCUUAAAGAUUCACUUUCAGAUAAGAAAAAGGAAGUCAACCGCCUCUCGUCACAUGUUUCUGAUGCUGAAUAUAAAAUGUCACAACAACAUCUAAUUGAGGCAAAUUUAUUAGAUGGACAUAUUAAAGAUUCGAUUAGUGAAGAAGUAUAUAAAUGUGUUCUUAGGGAGUUAUUGUGCCAAAUUAAAUGCAGCACUGAAGAGUCGGACUUGCAGUGUAAUAUGAUGCAAGAAAUUUUUAAACUUGUCUUCAAAGAAGCUGUUCAUAUUUCUGAACCUGCAGGCAAGAAUGAAAUUGAAGAUUCAGAUAUGGAGUCAAUUAUCAUGCAAGCGCUGGGUGGGAUAAUAUUCAGAGAAGUCUUGAAGGAUGCUGAAGAGAAAUUCAGUAACUUGAACAUGAAAUACAUUACCGAAAACAAACUACGAGUUUCUCUUGAAGCGGAGGCACUAAAAAAAGAAGAAGAAUCAAGAUUGGUGGUUCUGGAAAUGGAAAGAUUAAAGCAAGAAAAGGAGCAAUUUGAGUUAGCUUUCAAAGAGCAGUGGAUCUUGUUUUCUAAGAGAAGUAAGGAGUCAAACGUCAAGUUAAAUCAGAAGCUUGAUGCUGUUACCCAAGAGAAGCAGAAGGCUUUAUCAUUGUUCAAAGUUAAAGAGAGGGAGCAUCAAAAGCAAAUGGAAGCAAUAGCCAAUCUUGUCCAGGGAUUUUUGAAAUCAGUUGCUGGUUUUGAAAAUAGAGCAACGGAAAAUAUAUCAAAUACCAGUCUGAGGCUGGAAAGAUUGAUUUCUGAAUCGCGUUUGCUUAUCCCUAAUGCUAAUGUGCUCCGAAGAACGGGAUUGUUGUAUAAGCAGAGGCUUGAAAGGAGAUGUUCUGACCUUGAAAAGGCUGAAGCUGAGGUUGAUCUUUUGGGUGAUGAGGUCGGUACUCUUUUAAGCCUUCUUGAGAAAAUAUACAUUGCACUUGAUCAUUAUUCGCCAAUAUUGCAGCAUUAUCCUGGGAUUACUGAGAUUCUGAAGCUUGUAAAAAGAGAACUGAGUGGAAAAUCUACUAAAGCAGUCUAAUUUGUUCUCUCACUAGAGCCGCAUUAUUCAUUUUGGUCCCCGCUGCUGCAUCUUUGGGUAUUGUAGCAUUGAUCUUGGAGUCAUUACCAAGCAUCCAUUGCCUUUAUCAAUAUAACCAAACAAUACAAGAACACACUGGUGAAACCGAGCCUUGAAAGAUACACCUGUACUUGAGAUGUCCGGCGGGGUCUUUUUUUGGUUCUUAAGAAGGAUUUUUGAAGAAGACACAUAGAAGAGAUGCUAUACAUUUGCAAUAUUGGCAGGGAAACUUGUGGAGUACAGACUUGUCAAAAUAUUCUUUUAGUCCUUGGAGCUGUGGGAUUUUUUCCCUGAUCUCCAGUGAAGUAGAGGUAGGGCUUUGCAUUUAUAGUUACUGUUCCUUGUUCACUUCCACCCGUUUUUAUACAGGUUCAUAGUUUAUAAUGUAUAUGUGUUAUAUGGGAGAUGGAUAAGAAAAUGAAUGCUUUCUUCUUCUUUUA